CACUCGGGAGGAAGCACUGACUCCGGUGUGGCUUGUCGGUCCCCUCGGCCUCUGUGUCGUCGCUGAGUCAUGCGGGCGGUGGAGUGUUAGUGUAGUGCAGUGCCCUCCAGAGGGUAGUGAGGGGCGCCCGCAGGGAUAAGCAAGUGAACGAUAUCAAGAGGAUUAAUUAUAUUGUAGGAAAUUUGCCAUACGCACAGGACGCCGCUGCCGCUGCCGCUGCUGCUAUCAUCGCCACUCCCCCGGACCGCAAGGUGGACGAUCCGAGGGGGACGCCAUAAAACGGCAGGAUGAGUGAGCUGUGGGAGCUUAACACCAUGGACCGGCGGUACUCCAUCCCGCCCUCCACCAUCUCCGAGCCCCGCCCACCUCAGCAAACACGAUCGGGCAGCACACUUCCCUCCACCUGUGACGACCUGCACGCGUGGUCCAUCUAUCGCCAAAACCUCAAUUCAGACUUCACCGACUCGGCUCUCGGCUCGCAAGAGAAGGCGCCGCUGCCCUAUGGUAACUUCCAGCUCAGAGAGUCCACGGUCCACUCUAUUCUUAAUAAUCCCAGGUAUGGCCCCAAAAGUGAGCUGGGUUCCAACAUGUUCACCUACCUCAAGUUUGGUCUGCCCCGCGUCUUUCCUCCUGCGGCGCCUGGGCGGGAGGGCAGCAGCGGGUAUGACUCCAGUGACGACGGGGGCGGCGGGGGGCGAGGGCGAGGGGGUGCGUCAUCUAUCGGGCGGGGGGACAGGUAUACAAGAAGCAAGAGUAACCCCGACCUGUUAGCGGCGAGGGACUGGAACUCACCUGUGCCCACUAGGGAAGUCCGCACGAAGAGCUCAAGCGAGGCCAACCUUCUCGCUGCCGACAACUACUACAGGGAGCGUCGGGGCAUGGGCGGAGGAGUGGCCAGCAGGUUAGGAGGGUCGCAAAUGUCCAUCACGUCGAGGCAUUCCAGGCGAUCCAGACAACAAGGUGCCAUCUUCAACCAGAACCACGACGGCACGCCUCACAGGGACCCGCCCAUGCUCAACGAUAAGCUCUUCCCUCGCGACAACCCGUGGGCGGAAGAGGUGGGCGGCGUAGGCAUGAAGACGCCCCACCUGCAGAUCCGUGGGCUGGUGUACGAGACUCACGGGCGAGGCGGGCGCACACACCUCCUUGACAGCAUCUCUCUGGAGGCUCGCGGCGGGGAAGUGCUGGCUGUGCUGGCGACGAAUGAGUCUGAGGGUUCAUGUCUGCUGGAUGCACUGGCGAACAGACACGCCAGAUGGGGAGGAAGACUUAGGGGAGACUUUAUCUUCAACGGGAACCACACCAGCCCCGCCAAGGUGGCGGCGCGCUCAGCCUACGUGCAGCAAGACGUCAACUUCUGCCCCGACAUGAGUGUUCGACAGACGCUCCUUCUUCACUCCUUCUUCCGCUCUUCCGGCGACGUGACGCGCGUGAGGGAAGUGAAGGCUAGGAUCAACGGCCUCAUCAACGACCUCGGGCUGGAGCAGGUGUGCCACACGAGAGUCAAGGACCUGACACUGAGCGAGCGGCGGCGACUCAACGUGGCGUGUCACCUGUUGCUAGAGACUGACGUGGUGCUCCUCGAUCAACCCACCCGUGGCAUGGACAUCUUCGACACAUUCUUCCUCGUCGAGUACCUGCGGCAGUGGGCGUGUCGCGGCAGGAUAGUGAUCCUUACUAUCCAGCCGCCGACAUACGAAAUCUUCACGAUGAUUUCCCGCGUGGCGCUCAUUUCUACUGGGCGCCUCAUGUACUUCGGUAGGCGGCGGGAGAUGUUGCCCUACUUCGCAUUCAUCGAGUACCCGUGCCCGGCCUACAAGAACCCCUCAGACUACUACCUUGACCUCGUUACUCUGGACGACCUGAGCGCUGAGGCGAGGCUGGAGUCAUCACAACGCGUGGAGAUGCUCGCUGAGACAUUUAGGCGACGUCAGGAGGCUCUCAGUGAUCCUGGUCCGCCGCUCCCUCUCCCGCCUAAGGUCCGGAAAGAGAAUCUCUGCCUCCAGCUCCUCGGCCUGUGGAUACGCGCCAUGAUUUACCAGUUCCCGUACAACAUGAUGAAUUGGCUUGCCAUGACUCUGGUGGCGGGCAUCAUGUCUGUGGUGGUCGGCGCCGUGUACUGGGACGUCCGCUCCUCGCUGCACCAACACCAGGACAAUGUGAACAACAGGGCGAACUUCCACUACGUGAUGGCCACACUCGCCCUCUGGCCUGUGCUGCUCAUGGCCAUAUCGGAGGUGUGGCGAGACAAACCGGCGGUGGCGAGAGACGUGGCUGACGGCCUCUACUCCAAAGGCAUCUACAUUCUGACCAAGAUCUGCUACAGCUUCCUGGCGGCGGGCGGAAUCUUCCUCGCCUACAUUCUACCGGCAUACUCCAUGGCGGGCUUCCCCACCGCUGAGGAGUUCUACGUCUACCUGGGUUACAUGCUCCUCUACCUGUACGCCGUCCGUGCCCUCGCCAUCGCCGCUGCCUGUGUCUUUGACUCCAGACACGCCGCCGCAAUGACGACCGGCUUCAUCCUGACAGUGGCCACGCUGGGCUCAGGCUUCACUCUCCAUUCCAUGGAUAUCUCCCUGUGGGCGUGGCCGACACUGUGGUGGUCGCCUGUGCGCUGGCUGCUGCACGAGGUGGAGCGGCAAGAAUUUGAGAACACAGAGGAAUUCCUUUGUGAUAGAAACCCAGUGUUGCAGGACUCGCUCUCUGCCAUUCAGAGAAAGGCGCCGUGCGGGGUGGUGAAAGGCACGCAGGUACUCCGAUACAUGGGGCUGGAGGAACCUAACCUCCCAGGCGCCUUCUACCCAGCUGUGUUCCUUCUGGCGGCCUACCUGUGCGGCCAGAUCGUCACCAUCAUUGCCUUCAUUGCCAGUAAAAAGCCUAACAGGGUCAAGAAGUACAGGACGGAAUAGCGGAAAGACGCGCAGGUGUCUGUGGUUUGGUCUCAAUCCCCCAACCCGGUGCUGAGUGAGUGCGAACCGGCAAGAAAAUAAAGCAGUAAAAUGAGCAAAAACAAGCCACGGUCGCGCCACUCGUUUGCUAAAGAUGUGUAAUGUCCAAGAGAGAGAGAGAGAGAGAGAGAGAGAGAGAGAGUGUGUGUUUCUAGAACGGGAACUAAUUUAAUAAGCAUUACUAAAAUUUCGAAACUGUGUUACAGUAAAAUUUUGAAGAGCAUAUCAUCAUUUGGGAUCCAGAGACAGUGGAAUGUCUCCAAGUGUCUUUGCAUUGAGGGAAGCAGAGGACAAGUGGCGGGUCAGCGGCAGUGAGCAGGAUGAAGGGAAGAAAAGAACGGUACUAGAAAAAAACAGCGUACGACUGAAACACUGCCUCUGCUUCCACACAAAACCGUAUUAUUUAUGUAUCCUGCAUUUGUCAGUUUUAAGUAAUGAAUAGUUAUGUUACAUCCUCCUUGCAGAUGAACAAUAGCUUUAUUCAUUGGAAAAGGAAAUGUGUGUCAUUUGCUACAAAACAAUGUCGUCAAUAUAACAACAAUAUAACAUCACAGCGAAUUAGAAGGGAAUGUUUCCGUCAUGAGGGUCGCCACUCGCCGCCUCAUGACAAAACAGUAGCACUGGGGUGUGUGACUAAAGCAGAAGCUUUCAGCAAGUGGCACCAUUGAUCAGGGUAAGGCAGGGGCCUUCAUGGCAGGGAGUACUUGGGUGAAGGGAUGACCCUGCCGGCCACCUCACGUGCAGCGUAAGGCACGACCUGCUGUAUGUAUGGAAGAACACGUUCAUGAAUACAUUGCUCACUACUCACCUUUGCGUUUGUUAAUCGUGUAAAUUAUUAACCUUUAUAUUUUUCAGCUCAUAAAGUUGGAUGAAUGACUCACAAACAAUGGUUGUUCUCAUUGCUGUCAGGCAGCCACAGUGCCAGCAGUUGAUGAUUACCCACAUGUAAUAUAAUAUGUAUGAUAAAUAUUUUCUUGUUCUGUAAAUAUUGCCCCACUGACAGUGACUACCCACAGCCUGGCGCUGCGUCUCGUCACACGCAUAUUUUGACGUACUUGCUAGGUGCAUGCACGCGGUGCAGUGCUCAGCGGCACCAUGAACAUGAAGAGCGGAUAUAGAUAAGCAGCAAUGCACUUUCCCGCAAAAUACUCGUUCAUUCUUGGCGCUUGUGAAGACCAAUGUGACCACAGACUACGUUUCCAGGAUGAGUGUUUACGUGUCUGUCUGUCUCUCCAAGAGGGAUAUGCAGGGCAGAGUCAGGAAGCUCGAGCCUUGGCCGGUCCAUCCCUUACGUAAAGCAACGCCCUCCCGUGACUACACCAGUGCGUAACGCGACCCUGUAAUUCUUCAGCUCGGUGAAUAGCACUUUCAUGUCGGCCAUUACAGCCUGGGAGCUCAGUGGCCCCUUGGGGCACGCUAGUUUCGGUAGUGCUCCAAUUUGUUAGCGUAAGGAGACAACAGCGUAAUACUCAGUUAAGGUAGUGACUAUAUUAUAAGGGAAAUGACGCGAAAGGUACAAUAAUGAUCAGAACUACACACUACACCACAUCAUUCAUACAAAUACAUCGAUACUUCCUCUCCCCCAUACAAGACACUACAAUAGCUGAAGCAAAAACAUAACGACAUUGUUGCUGAGUUGUAUGAAAGUGACUAACAAAGAAAAUAAAAACAAAUAAAAAAAAAGACAUCUAUGAAAUACGCUAAGACGCCCACCGCCGCCACGUGACAGGGAGGAGGGUGGGGGGCGUGGGUGCUGUCACGGAUACUUCGAGUCCACGUGAGUGAAUCCUAGCGCUUCGUGUGCACAGGAACGUGUCUGCAAUAUUUUGAGUGUGAGGCAUCAUCAUGUUCUUUAUUUUUCUUCUUUCUUUUUGCAUUUGAAUAUAUUUUGUUACCAUGUAUUAAUGUAAAUAAAAUGUUCAUAUUGA